CUAAAACACCGUUUGAAACACGCGCUGAGGGCUCCCCUCUUGGCCUCUUCUUCUUUACUAUCACCCUCCUAAAAGAGAAACUCUGAAAAGCAACACUGACCCACAUUUUCAAACGCUCACCAGUAAAAUCCCAUUAAACAAAUCCCAAUAAAAAGCCAUAAAAGAAUUAGGGUUUUGGGACAUAUGGCAUUUAAUUGAAAACAAACAGCGGAUUCUGCAUUUUUCUGCCAAGGGGUACAUGUGGUUGAUGUCAUAAAUUAAUUUACUAGUAAUGAGUAAAAAAGCCGGAAAAGUUUCACUGGUUCCUGAAGCUGAAUUUGAAUGUAGUUCUACAAGCAAAAGAAGAAGAGUAAGCCAUCAUCAUGGGUGUGGCCAACAAGGCUUGGAAGUAUAGUGGCGGAGUAGUAGUCAAUAGUUUUGGAAUUUUUUGUAAUAGUAGUAAUAAUGUUAAUGAUAAGGAGAAAUUAAAGGUACAGGACCAGCAGCAGAAUUGGAGAUUGUGGUUCUGGCCAUCAAAUGCAUCUACGGCGGCAUCAGCAAGGCGGCCGAAGAUCUCAUGGUCUGUGAAGGUUUGUGGGGUAAUGCUAUUUGCUGUUGGGUUGAUUUCACUCUUCACUGGACACUUGGCUUCUGAUCUUGAAUGGUACUCUCAGCGUUUUGGCAAGCGAUUUCCCUAUCAUAAGGAGCUGAAUGGCAAUGGCCGUACAGCAAUUGAUAUUUGGAAAUCGAAGUUCUCAAAGUUCUACUAUGGAUGCAGUGAAAGAGGACGCCAUUUUGGCCCUGCCAUUCGUGAGCGAUCUUCAAACGGCUAUCUACUUAUAGCAACUAGUGGAGGGCUCAACCAACAAAGAACUGGCAUAACUGAUGCUGUAGUUGUUGCACGGAUUCUUAAUGCUACUUUAGUGUUACCAGAAUUGGAUCAUCAAUCUUUCUGGAAGGAUGAUAGUGACUUCUUAAACAUUUUCGAUGUUGACUGGUUCAUCUCUUACCUUGGGAAGGACAUAACUAUUGUUAAAAGAGUUCCAGAAAAGGUAAUGAGAUCAAUGGAGAAACCCCCAUAUACAAUGCGUGUACCAAGAAAGUCAGAACCUGAAUAUUAUCUUGACCAAGUACUGCCUAUUCUCUUGAGGCGACGUGUUGUUCAGUUGACGAAGUUUGAUUAUAGGCUUGCUAAUGACCUUGAUGAAGAGCUACAGAAACUACGUUGCCGGGUAAAUUAUCAUGCUCUAAGAUUUACUAAACCCAUAAGGAAUUUGGGGCAGAAACUAGUGAUGCGAAUGCGGAAGAUGACCAAACGUUUUAUUGCAGUUCACUUGAGGUUUGAGCCUGAUAUGCUAGCCUUUUCUGGAUGUUACUAUGGUGGAGGAGAUAAAGAACGAUACGAACUGGGGGAGAUAAGGAAGCGAUGGGAGACAUUACCUGAGCUCAGCCCUGAUGAGGAGCGCACCCGAGGGAAAUGCCCACUUACCCCCCACGAAGUUGGUUUAAUGCUCCGUGCACUUGGGUUCCGGAAUGACUCCUACCUGUAUGUCGCAUCUGGUGAAAUAUAUGGUGGAGAAGAAACCUUGCGACCCCUGAGAGAGCUCUUUCCAAACUUCUUCACCAAGGAGAUGCUUGCUGGUGAAGAGUUGAAACCUUUUCUUCCCUUUUCUUCUCGUCUUGCUGCCAUAGACUACAUUGUUUGUGACGAAAGUGAUGUAUUUGUCACUAACAACAAUGGAAACAUGGCAAAGAUCUUAGCUGGUCGAAGGAGGUAUAUGGGGCAUAAGAGGACUAUCAGGCCAAAUGCCAAAAGGCUUAGUGCCUUAUUCAAGGCACGAGAUAAAAUGGAGUGGGAUACAUUUGCCAAAAAGGUGAAAUCAUGCCAAAGAGGAUUCAUGGGAGAACCCGAUGAGAUGAAACCAGGACGGGGGGAGUUCCACGAAUAUCCAGCCUCUUGCAUUUGCCAGAAACCAUUCAACCACUCUGAUGUUGUAAAGGAUGAGGAUGGAGAUUGGUCUUUAGAGGAUAAUUCCAUUGCUUCUGAUGCAAAAUCUAGGUAUCAAACUAUCAGGCAAGGUGAGGGUAAGUCUCAGGAGUUAAUGAAAGCCAGAAUAGGAGAAGGGCCAGGAUCCCUAGCAGAAGAGAGUGACCAUGAGGACUUUCUGUCUGACUAAAAAUGUCUCUGGGUCAGAGUUGCUGCAAGGUUUUGGGCUCCAGCUGCAGCUCAGAUUUGGCACUUAGAACCCCUUGAGUAACAUGUGGAUUACCAGGUGAUGUGGGUGCAUGUAUAGCUAGACUGUAUCUUCAAUCGUGUUGCAAUUGUUCAUAUUAAUGUUAAGCACCGUAGUUUGUAGGAGAGGAAUGAAGCUAUUUUACUUGGUGGCGAGACUUUAGCCAGCAAUGGCUUCAAUUGUUAGCUUACACGUGAAGGAAGUUUUGUGGUCUUUGGAAAUAGGCCUUUUCAGGAUCCUGCUUGGUCCGUUUGAUUCGGUUGUAAAACGUAAGUUGGUAGUGGAAGAAAGAUUAAAGGAAUAAUUUCAGAAA